GUAUUUUGAAGUGGGAUUUGUGCUAAAGUGGCGUACAUCGUAAAUUCAGUCAGUGCUCAGCAUAUCAACUGCCCAGACGUGUUUCAGGUGGAGAGCUUCCACGGAGCCACUUAAGCUCGAGCUUUUUUUUUCGGGGGCAAACACUGCAUUCGGAUAGUGUGGUGACUGGUUGUAUAUAACCAGUUGCAUCAUAGAUCCAAGACUUCAGUCGAAUGAAAGUAAAGCGCGAGGGCACAUCAUUUGCCUGUGACACAAUCAGGAUUUGAGAUUUUAUGUUUUGAGGACUUUUUUUUCUAAAAAACAUUUUCUUGAGAAAACUUUUUUGAACUUUAAAAAAAUAGUUUCUAGAACUUUUUUUCUGGAAUUAUUAAGUGAAAGAUUUCAGACCAAGUGGUUUCUCUGCUCAAAAGGAGGGAUUCUCAGUGGAAGUGUUGUGACCUGAGAGACUUUGUGAAUCAAAUGGAUUAUUCCUGGAUAAUAGACAAGUGAUUUGGAUGAAGUGGUUAAUAAAAAGUCCGAAGGAAGUGAAUGUGACAGGUGAUAGUUCGAAAAAGAAAUUGGUGCAAUUUCAGACAUUUUUUUAUUCUUCAACUGUAAGAAGAUAAGAUAUAGGAAUAGAAACUUUUUUUUAAAAAAAUCCGAAACUCUUAGGAGAGGAGUGCAAUUAAUCGUACCAAGUGCAAUAAAAGGACUUUUUCACUGAACUUUUAAUUUGGAAAGUCCAACUGUGAAGUUCCUUAGUGUCUUGUGCAAAAUCAACAUAUAUAGUAAAGGGUGUGAUCUGGAAGAUAGAGACUUUAAUUAAAGGGUCUAACUGACCCGGAAUAUGACGUUGUGUCUUCGAUAUGGAAUCGCCACAGAUGUAUGACAAUUCUCAGCCGAUGGUCCAAAUUGAAGUGAAGAAGAUAAGCACAAUGGCAACAAAUAGUGGUGCUAAUGUCACCAACAACAACAACACAUCAACAAUCAAUCACAACACCUUGGUCAAGCAUCAGCAACAUCAUCUGCAGCAGCAGCAGCAGCAACAGCAACCGACCAAUGGAAGUAGCAUUCUGCAAAAGCACAUGCUGCAGCAGUACUCACAGAGUGACUUGGAAGAGCUCACAUCCCAGGAGAUCAGCCUGGAUCUGCAACAUCUCAUUGACGAUCAGUUCCGUGAUCAGGAAUCCAUGGGGAUCUUCACGGAAAUGGUCACGCCCACAAAUGGGACGACAAAUGGUGGGGUUAAUGCUGCCGCCAAGGCAUUGCAGCUGCAGCAGAGUCGACUGCAGGCACCCCAAGGAUACCCCAGAACAACCCUAGCAUACAUGCCCCAACCGGUUCACUCGGGGGCGACCUAUACCAACAACUCCAGCGAUGAGAACAGCAGCGUAGGGUCAGAUGCAACAACGAGUAUCAAGGAGGAGCCAGUAGAUCCGGCUGAGUACCGGAGGCAACUGGCAGCAGCCAAUGGUGGUCAGUUCAUGGGACCAGCCGCUGCAAAUCCUGCUGUACAAAAUGGCGGGAAUGGCACGACAAUCUAUCCCAACCUGCCACCUAAUUACGCGAGUAACGGCUCAGGAAAUACCUUCACCACCCUUACCCCGUCCACAGUGCUCCACCAUCAGGCGUUACCUCAUCUGCCCUCAGCCGCCCACCUGGCCAACCUCAAGCACAAACAGAUGAUGUCACACCGGAAACAGAGCACCAAGCACGUCGACAAAGGAACCGAUGAGUACCGGAGACGACGGGAAAGGAACAAUAUUGCCGUACGAAAGAGUCGAGAGAAGGCAAAGGUGCGAUCACGGGAAGUUGAGGAGAAGGUUAAAACACUGAUCAAGGAGAAAGAAGUCCUUAUUCGUCGUCUCGAAGAGAUGACCAAUGAGAUUCAGCUCCACAAGCAACUCUACAUGCACCUCAUCAACCACAGCAAUCCAGAGAUCAAUCAGAUCUGCCGAAGUGUCCUCAGUGUGGUAAAUAUGAGCGAUCACGGGAUGUAAAUCCAGGGUGUAACGAUGGCGUGGGCUAGAGGAGCCAAAGAUGACCGCAAGACAUCGCGAUCCCCUCAGUCGCUCGUAAGUGAGAUCCACAGACUUUCUUCAUCCCCCAUCCUGUCCAUCUUUCCCGGAUCUAACAAAUCCUAAAAGGGUGUGUCUUUUGAAAGAUCCAGUGCUAAAGCUUCACAUAGACUGGUAGCUUAAAUCUAAGACCCUAAUAGAGUUUAAUAGUGUUCUUUAAGAUUUUUCAGAGUCAAAAUCAAAUGCAAAAACUUAACGUUCAAAUUGUGUAUUUUUUAAAGAUAAAUAUCGAUAGAUAUUGAAGACUAUCAGGGUUGAAAAUUUACAAAUAUAACUGAAAAAAAAAUUCUAAAGACUGAAACAAUGGAUCCUAUAUCAAAACACUGGUUUGAAAUUAAAGCUUAACAAAAGAAGAUUGAAGAGAUUUGAAUAUUAAAAAAAAGCAUUUUGGACUGGUUUUGGACGUAAAAAUUGAAAUCCAAGAUUGGUUUUUAGAAGUAGAGUUUUCUAUUUCAUUUAUAAGAACCCAUUAAAUUGACCGAAGAUAUUCAUCGUAACCAAGUGGAACUUCAAGCGACGUUGACGAACUUAAUAUUAAUUAAAGUUAAUCGUACAUUUAGAUUAAUUUGCUAUUGAUCUUACUGCCAUUGCCUCAUUUUUGAAUUCUAAACUAUUAUUGAAAAAUAUCAAGAUUUUUUUUCGUAAAUUUAUAAUUAAAACUUCAAAUAAUAAUUUAAAUAAAAAUAAUAAUUUUUAGAAAACCUUAAAACUUAAGUGAUACUAAGAUUACUUUGAAGAAAUAAAAUAAAGAAUCAGUUCUUAAAUUUGCUUCUGAAUUUACAAAUAGAGAGAACGAAAUUUUAUUUCCGUCAUCUAACUCAUAUAACCUUUCAAAAACAAGUUUACAAAAUAUUGGUAUAUGUAUAUUUUUCUCAAGUUUUAAGAUUUUUGUAUCAAAUCAAGAUUAUGACUUGUAUAAAACUAAACUCUAAAUCCGAAAUAAAUGUUUUAAAUUUUAUAAAAUCUUCAAAACCCAAACUUGAUCAUAGUUAAUGUUACAGGUUUAUCUAUUAAAAACAAAAAGAUUUUGGCUUUACCUUAAGUAGAAUCAGAUUUGUUUAAUUUGAAAGAUUUCUUGAUCCAUCAUAAUAAUUCCAGUUUCUUAAAUAUUUUUUAAACAUCCGUUGAAUAUUGUAAAAUUUUCAAAAAUCACAAUUUAACAAUCUAUAUUUUUUUCAAUAUCAGAACCGUUUCUAAGUAUCAAUUUAAUAAAAAAAUAUGAACUGAGCAAAAAGAGAGGAUACGAUUAACUUUGUUUUUUAUAAUAAUGGUAACAUUUUUAAGUGUAAAAAUAUAUCAACAUUUUUCAUGUUAAUUUUACAUCUGUUUAGGGGUAAAACGUACAGGAAAAAUGGUAACUUUGACACCUAAUGUACCUAAAAAGUGUAAUAUUUACACCAAUCUCAGAUCAAAACCGCAGGGUAAAAUUAACACUUCCCGAAUAUUAUUUUAAUUCGGAUUUCUCUCAUAUUGUCUAAAACAUACUCUCUUUAUUCCGAAAAAGGUCGUACGUUGGCUAGUACAUUUUGUAUGAAAAGUGUACGACAUUUUUCUGAACAUGGGAGUAUAUAUUAUUUGAAAUUUUGAUUUCAUUUCUACUUGAAAUAUUUUUUUCUAAAUUUUAACUGCUAAUUCAUAAAUACAAAGUCACAAUUGCGAUGUAAAUAAAUAUUAUUUCAAAUUUAUUCCAAAAUUCAAUUUUGAAAAUAAGCUUUUUUUAAAUUUGCUAUUGUAGAAAAAGUAUACUGAACUUUUUUUACUAUUUCAAUAUGAACAUGUAUUAUCCCACUUCUCUUAAACUUUUAUUACUAAUUCCUGUAUAUAAGAUCGAAACUCAAAAUCUAAGUCUAAAUUCGUAAAAUCAAAAAUUUUAAAAAUAGAAAUACAACAUCAAAAUUGUGGCUCAAACCGGUUUUUAAAAUGGUCCAAAGUGCUAAUUAUUCAAGUUUCUUCCAUCAAAUUAAAUCAUAGUGAAGCCUUUGCAAAUACCUGACAAAAUCUUUAAAGACACACUUUCACCAUUAAACUUAGAAGAAUAAGAAGCAUCCAACAAAAUAGUUUAAAUACAGCGACUUUGUACAAAUUAAUAAGGAUAUUUGUAACGGAGAAAUCACCCGAAUGCUACAAAAAUCUUUAAUGUUUAAUUUAUAAAGUAAGACUUGAAAGCAAUAUUUUCUUUUAUAAUUCUCUACUUUAGAUGGUCAGUCUGCUACUAAGCAAACAACUUUUUUAUUAAGUUUACCAACUGUUUUUCCUGUAUAGAAAACGAAUGACUUUCCUCCAGAAAAUUCACCUAUUUAUUCCCCAUUUUUUCACUUGGAAAUGUGGUAGCUUAUGAAUUUAAAACUUUCAUGCAAUAAUGACAAAAUGUACCAAAUAGUUUGCUUCAUAGGGUUAAGAUUUAAUUCUCAUAUCAAGUAAAGAGGUUUUAAAAUUAAAAAUUGAAAUGAGAUUUAAACCUGCCAUCUGUGACGCAUUUAAGGAGAAAACAUAAUUUACUUAGAUGAAUUUUGUACGCAACGAAAACAACAAUGAUUUAGGAGGAAAAUUCACACAAGAAACGAUCAUAGAAUUUAACCAUUUAAAAAACAAGAAAAAGAAAAAAACUUUAUCUGUAUAUAGUGAAAUUUUACUGUAAAUAGAACUUAAAAUUAUUUUUUUAGUUCAAGUGCUAAGACUAAUUGUAAAUCAAUCUUACACUCUUUAGGGCUAAGCCCUAUAAAGAGAUCAUGAGAAGCUGCCCUAACUAUAUUUUUUGCAACUCUAAACUUGUAAUAUUGCUCUAAUGUUAAGGUCUGAAAAUGUGUAAUACUUUCGAUUGUAUGAGGAAAAUAUUGUGAUGAUUAUAAACAAACGUGUCUAUUUAAAUCCCUUCAUUUGUACAUUUUUACACCCAAAAUAAAAACAAAAGAAGAAAAUCUAAAUAACAAAUUUUCAUUGUGAAGAGCACAGGGGAAAAUGACAGUGAUACGAUGCAUUAAUAAUUUAAAGAAAAAAGAGAAAAAUAAUGAAAACUAAUAUAAUUAUUAACAUUUUUCCCCUGGGAUUUAUCUAAAGUUACCAGAAAACACGGGUAUAAAUUGUUUGUGUAACUCUGAGGUUUAUUUCUGCAUCUAUUAUUUUCAAAAAUUUGAAAAAUUUGAACUGACGCCAUCUCAAGGCAUCACACAUUUUUCAUGCAAAUAAAAGCCUCUUUAAUCACUUGAGUGCUGUACUAAGAAAAAUGGUAAAUAAAGAAAACAAUAUGCAAAACUUUUAGAGAAUUGCUAAUGAAACCAACUAAGACAAUAUUAAGGUUUAACAAGGUAUAUGUAACUAGGAAAAGUUUUAACUAUUUACAAAUUGGUUGCAUUUAUAUUUUUUUUCACAAAUGUACUAAACAGAUGUUGAAGAAAACGGGAAUGAGAAAUGUAUGUUAAAUAUAUUAAUUGUAUUUAUUUUCACCGAUCCCUUCCUUCCCAAAAACAAAGAAAUUAUCCCUAAAAUUUUCUUCAAUAAAGAGAAUUGUUAAAAAUAUUAUACUUCUGUUGGCUGCAAUAUUAUUGUAAUAAAAAAAAUCCAAUUUAUUUAAGUGUGGAGAUAGACCUGCUAAAAUUAGGAGUUGGCGAAUGAUAUUUCACGACGGUUAAGUUACCAAUUACAAAUUUUCUUGUGUAGUGAGAAAAUUGAAAGAUAAAAUUAUGACUUUUUUUUUAUUAAAAAUGUUUUAUUUUAUAAGGAUGAGAGAAUAUUUUUUUUAGUAAGAUGUGCGAAGCAUUGUGUAAAAAUAAAAAAGGAAAAGAAAAUGUGUACAUUAAGAGAGAAAUUGAGAAAAAAAUAAAGAAAAAAAUCUUGAAAAAAAAA